UAUUUUCAAGAUGAACCGAAAUUUUAUUUUUGUCUUCAUUUUAUUAGCUACGUUUUCCAUGACCAAUGCCGUUCAAUACCAAUUUCGUAAAAGAAAAACUGAAUUCAAUCCAUGUCCAGGAAUAAAAGGAGUUAUUGAUGUAACAGUCGCACCUGACCCUCCUAUUUCUGAACAACCUGCCACUUAUACUGUUUCCGGUACAUUAAGUGAUGAUAUAACUGCGGGAAGAACCGUGGUUGGAAUUGGAUAUGGUGAUCUCGAAAGAACCAUAGGGGAACUCUAU